GGUAGCCGGAAGCCGGAAGGGGGGCUGUGAGGACGUGUUCCAAGGAAGCCAGGGCCGGACCCGGCGGGGCCGGCGACAUGGAGCCGCUGUACCAGCAAACGCACAAGCAGGUCCACGAGAUCCAGUCUCACAUGGGACGCCUGGAGACCGCGGACAAGCAGUCUCUGCACUUAGUAGAAAACGAAAUCCAAGCAAGCAUUGACCAGAUAUUCAGCCAUCUAGAACGUCUGGAGAUUCUGUCCAGCAAGGAGCCCCCGAACAAAAGACAGAAUGCCAAACUUCGUGUUGACCAGUUAAAGUAUGAUGUCCAGCACCUGCAGACUGCUCUCAGAAACUUCCAGCAUCGGCGAUACGCAAGGGAGCAGCAGGAGAGACAGCGAGAGGAACUUCUGUCUCGAACCUUCACCACUAACGACUCUGACACGACCAUCCCAAUGGAUAGCUCGCUGCAUUUCAACUCCUCCCUCCAGAAAAUUCACCAUGGCAUGGAUGACCUCAUCGGAGGCGGGCACAGUAUUCUGGAUGGACUGAGGGCCCAGAGACUGACCUUGAAGGGGACUCAGAAGAAGAUCCUUGACAUUGCCAACAUGCUGGGCUUGUCCAACACCGUGAUGCGGCUCACUGAGAAGCGGGCUUUCCAGGACAAGUACUUCAUGAUCGGUGGCAUGCUUCUCACCUGUGUGGUCAUGUUCCUCGUGGUGCAGUACCUGACAUGAGCUAGCCCCGCCCCGCUGCUGAGCGUCGUUCCCACCGUGCGAGAGUCUGUGUGAGUGUGUGUGCGUGAAAGAGAGAGGGGGGCCCAGAGGCUGCCUUCUUAAAUGUAUGCCCUUCUUAACUGUGAAGACCACUGGGAGUCAUCGUGAUCUGUAACGUAGCGGGAGUUUCAGACCUGCUCUGUUUCCUGUAACACCUUGGAGGGGAAGCGAAUGCUACCAAGAUGCAUGGUCCUAAGGAAAUGAGAGUAUCUCCUCUCUCGCUCUCGCUCUCUCUCGCCCUCUCUCGCCCUCACUAGGGGUGGAAGUGAUGUAAGGGUAAGGGGUGAAGAAAGAAGAGGGAGGGAAAGAAUGGUUUUGCUGUUCUUGUCCACGUAGCUGAUGCUCACCCAGGGAAGGCUUUCAAUAGCGAGCCUUGCACAUAGGACCGUUCACUUUGGCAUCAUUUGGCCUCUCUGGCUCCUCACGGAUAACCCAGCGCAGAAGCCAAAAGGAGGGGAAAGAGGCCUGCUUUCCUGCGUCAUUAUAACAGAUGGAUUUCCAUGCUCUUGUGCCCCCUCCCCCCAGUGACAUGCAGAUGACUAAUUGCUGGUACUUGUCACCCUUCCCUGGAAGCCACUACCUAGAGGAAGCAGAGGCACCGAUGCCACUGCAGACAGCGAGUAAGAUUUUCCACAUUAGGACCGUUGGGUGUUUCUCCUUCUAAAGCGAGGCCAGUGUUACUCCCUGAGACUGUUCAGUCUUGAGGCUGAAGAUCCCCAUCACUGAUUUUUUUCCCAGUGGUGAACAGAAUGAUUGGCUUCUGUGGUUCUAGGACUGGCCUGGCAUCCUGCCCGGGCUCUGGUGGGCCUUUGGCCCGGAGAAUGUUGCCAUGAUGUGUCCAUUACAGCAUCUCCUCUA